AUGGCUGCCCGCGUGACCAAACUCUUCCUGCAGAACUGCGCCUCGGCGAAAGAAGACACGAGCAAGUCGGCAAAGCGCUCAUCGGCCACGAACAAGAAUUCGACGUCGCAUACCACGUUGUCCAAGAGUGCCCGGAAGAAGCUCCGACAGAAGAGCAAGAAAGUGGCCGGCAGGUCCGAAGUGAAAUUGCUGGAAGAGGCCCGUCGGGAGCUCGCGCAGGCCGACCGUACCGCACAAAACCUACGGAAGCUCAAGAGCACAGCACCUGUCAAGUCGCAGCGUCUGAUGGAAAAGGUUCUUGCACAGCGAUCCGCUGCAUUCCGGUGA